UACCUAAUAGUAAACCGAUGCUUUAAAAAUCUCAUUUAAAUGUGUAUGUGAAUGUGUGCUAAUUUGUCUAUGUAAUCUUUUAUAGAAGUGCAAAUAAAAAAGAGUGUUAUGAUCUACAUAAUAAGACUCAAUAUUUAAUCAUAUAAUUUUAUACUCAUGAAUUGAUAAAUCGGUGAGAAAAAGUUUUUUUAUAAAGAUGCAAUAUUUUUCUGAAAAAUGUGAAAUUUUAGAUUAACAAAAAUACAUAAUAAUGCAUUCCGCUAGAAUUCGUCCCUUCGGCUCGGCAAAGACCGUUGCACGUGCGUUUAUUUUCAUAUAUAAAUAGCCGAGACACAAACCGCUCCCAGCUGCACCAUGACGUCACAGAAAGAAAGUGAUGACGUCAUAGACGGAAAAUCCGAUGAUAAACACGACAAACCUGACCCGCCAAAAGACCUAUCAGAACUACCACCAAUAGGUCUACAUAAGAGAAGAAGAGGUGAACCACCUGCUUCCUUAUCAGUAAAAUCACCUCAAACUCCUUCCGACGCUGAAGGAUCUUCACCAUGUACAGCCGGCACUUAUGACUAUCGCAUGUGGGCUGAAGAAGACCCAAAAGCAUUAUGUGAGAACAUGAUCCAAAGACUUAAAGACCGUAAUGAUUUAGCUUCGGAACGUGGAAAGGAAUUAGCAGCGAGAACUAAGGAUACACUUGAAGCGUUAGAUCUACUUGAAACUCUUCUUAAAAGACUCGAUCAAUUCACAACUCUGAAAGAAUAUAAUGCUCGUCUACUCAGAAGACUCAGAGAUGUGAACCAGUUAAAGCGAUUACAUCUUCAACGUAAAAAAAUUAACGAAGAAAAUCAAAGAAUUAUGGACGAACGAAGAGAUUUGGAAUUAUUGAAUGAGUCUUUGGACGCUGAGUUUGAAAGUGAAUAUGGUCAGGUGAUUUUUGAGUCUAUGUUAAGUGGUGGAAGAAGUAUGAAAAGGACUGGAUCUAAAUGGAAGAGUCAUGGGAGGUUUGGUGGGUCGUUGCUAAGGAAACAAAGAUCCAGAUCUGCUGGUGGGGAGGACAGUGAUGUCUCGCCCGGAACACCUUUGCGAAGGAGAUCUGAAGGAUUGUUUGCAAAGGAAGUUGAAAAGUCGAAAGUUUCCAAAUGGACUAGAGUUAAAGCUGCGUUCAGAUGGGAGAAAGCGCAAUGGCCUACCUCAGCCAUGGCAGGAGCCGCUGGUGCUGUAAUGGCUGGAGCGACUAUGGUUGGUGCAGUAGCUCUGGCUGGAUCUUCAUCUUCACCAGGACCUACAGCAUCAGGAACUCCGCCUUUUACUGGAGGUGCUGGACCCUCAUCAUCAAUGACAUUGCCCUCAUCAUCAGGCACGUUACCCAACCCAGAGCCGCGGGACUCAGCCAGCCUUACACCUGGAAGCGGUGCCUCAUUGACUCCAAACUCUUCAUGUGAAGAGUUGAGGAUGGACCAUAUGUGCAGAAAAGACGCUUCACUACUGCGGUACGAUGAAAAUGAUAACUCUUUCCUACACGCUCCACCACAGGACGACAGUUCCACCUCGCCGUCCCCAAACAAACUGCACAAAAGCCGUUGGGGGAAGAUGAGGGACAUCCUCCAGCCGCACAGAGAAUCCGUAAAGAAGAGAAGCUCAAAGAGUUCUCCUGACGUAGUGCCGGUUAGAAGGCGGUCCCUGAGUGAUGGUGGUGACAGCGAUGCUCCACCUGCUUUAACCCUGACUAUACCUUCUUCGGAGGAACUUGAAUCCGACCCUCAUCCCAUGCUUCGGAAGCAGAGAUCCCUGGAACUUGGGGCCCGGCCCCCUCAGCACCGACCCCCUAGGGCCUCCAAGUGGACUAAAGUGAAGAGAGCCUUCCUGACAUCAGCGUCCGCAUCAGUGCCCUCCAGUCCAAGCAGGCAUUCAGCUUUCUUCACAGACGCUGAAACUGAGGGCCUCAGUAGCGGCUGCGAAGCCUCUGGUAUGCGAGAAGAGAUCGCUCGGGACUACGCUGCUCUCCAGUCACGACUACGAAGAGAAUUCUCUGAUAGGCGCGGGAAAUACAAUUCUUCCCGUCCAGUGGCUACAGAAGAGCAGCUUUCAGCGGACUUUCGGAAAAAGCUCGCGGAAUGGCAGCUUCGAAAAGGCGUUCAUCAGAAACAACCUCCACCUGUUCCAGCGAGACAGGAUCUAAGCGAGGAUUUCCUGAAAAAAUGGGACAAAUGGAACAGUAUGAAAGAAACAAAUUCUGUGCCGGCGUGGGAAGAAGAAGCUAAACCUGAUGAAGUUCUAGUGCAGACGUCUACAGGCCUCUUUAAAUUCCAAGGAAUCUCCCGCUCAUUCACUCGAAAACUCCACGAAUGGGAGAAGUCUCGAGGCAUAGCACCAGAAGCGUCUACCUCCGCUUUACUCCGAGCUGCGCGUGCGCGGAACAAAGCACCACCUGCACCACUCACGCGCACACAAUCCGACGGUAGUGUGGCGCCAUCUGCUGCAGGGUCUGGUCGUCUACAUGCUUCCAGUUUGAGUGUCAAUGACGUGGAUGACUUCGAUUCGGAGUACGAGGGGGAGCAUUCUUUGGACGGUGCUGACGAAUGCGAUGGUGAACACAUCCGCGGGGCAGUACUAGUUGAAGUAGAAGCUGAAGAAGUCUGCACCGCUGCUCCUCUUGUAGCCGUGUCCCCACGUCAUACGCCACAGAAACCAAUAUACACAUAUGGACAAGCUGAAGCGAGAUUACUAUGUGAAACCAGUUCAGCUGUCACUGGGACAGCUGUGCUGCAACCUAAUGCUGCUGGUGUUUCAGAUAGUCGAGGCGCCAAAUCAAAAGGAAUCUCUGGAUCUAAAUCUAAAUCUACCCAUGAUCAGACAAAAGAAUCAGACAAAAGUGUCAGGAGAAAAAUUAAUAGACAACCAAGUAUAGAAGAAGAUGCAAUGUUUAUAAGAAAAACUAUUGAAGAAAUAGAAAGAGGUUCAUCUUCACGUUUCAUUAGCGAGGAACCUGUAACGGAUUCUGAGAAAUGUGAACGGCGACCAAGCUUAAACGAUAUUGAUAAGCCGUCAACUAGCAAAGGAAAUAUGGGAAGUAAAGGUAGUUUGAAAGGGUCAAAACAUAGCAUACUUAAAGACAAGGAUAGUCUUGAAGACCUAAAAGAAGAUAAGCGUAAAGAAACAGGUAAUGGCAAGAAGAAAAAUAAAUCAAGAGCGAGACUAGAAAGAGAACAAUCAAAGCCGUCUGAAAGUGAUACUGAGCAUGACGUAGAUACUGUUACUGUCGAAAUUCCUAGAAGAAGAAAAAGACCAAGACGUGCUUCAGAAAGACCACGGACACCACCGACUGCUCGUUUUCAUACUGAUUCUGAAGAAGAGGUCUUUGUUUUGAAGCUGAAAGCGCCAGAACGACGAGACAGAUCACCAGAAGUAAUAGUAAAGACUACAAGAAAAAUAUUUUCCCCAGUUGUUAGAAGCGGAGAAUCGGUACCUCGAGCUGUCAUACCUUUAGAUGUUGAAGAGUUAGCUGAUGUUAGACCGGCAAUGGAUCAUAAUCACCGUAAUAGUGAAUCUAAAAAUAAGAACAAUAAUGAAAAGAAACAUACUAAGAAAGAGAAAGAAACACGAUCUAAGAGUUCUGGUGAUCUUCGAGAUGAAGAACAGCGACCGAGGAGUCGACCGCCUUUACCUGCAUCACCGUCUUCGCAAAGAAAACCACAGUGUAAAGAAACUGCUCCGUCCAUACGUAUCAUGAUUCAAAGGUACAACAAGAAGAUAAACGAAGAAGGCAACACAUCUGGAGCCAGCAGCGGAGCAUCAUCCCCCGCUUGGCGCUCGCCCGCGGCCGAGAGGAGACGACCUCCCGACAUGCCAGUUGGGGUUAACAUUAGAAAUAACCCAUUCCUUGAGGGAGAGGUCCAGAAGUCGGCGAGCGCAUGCCAGCUUUCCAGGCGGGACCAGACAUCAGCCGAGAAACAUCUCACACCAACACCCUCACAGGUUCAGGAGGGAGUCCUGAAAUCCCACAGCGCUAAUGCUUUGCAUCCUGAACAAAAUAAAACCAAAUCACCUAAACUUCAACACAGAAAAGUCGAAGGCAGCCAAGAAACAAUCAGAUGUACGGCUAGCACCGACACCAUAGUCCCUGAUUUGACGAAAAAUCUACCAGAAACCCACCAACCUCAGACCGUUAUAAGACAAAUGUCAGAAAUGGUGCCUGCCUCGGGAUUUAUGUCUGAAAUUCCUGGUCUUCUUGAAAGGUCUUUAUCAGCGGUGGAUGCACCUUCUACUUUGGACGCCGAAACAGUGGCUAGACUAUCAGAGAGAGCUGCAAAGAUUCGGGCGGCAAGAGAAAGGUUUUUGGCAUCACCGGUGCCGAUUAGAAGAGAAGGCACAAGUUCUGCCAGUGAUUUGAGACCUGGCGAUAGAUCCAGUCGCAUCAGCUGUGGUAGCGACAUAACGGAGUCGCAGAGCGGUCAGGAACCAACCCUGGGUCGCAGCGCUUCCACUGGUAUGGUGAAUGUGGACAGAGAUGCUUGGCAGAGGGUCACUGAUGGUGGUCGCCGCGAAGGUCGUUCCAGGUCCCGCUUCAGCCUAGCCAGACUCGCCGCGAAGCUGCCGGGGAAACUACGGAAGAAAGACGAGGGAGCAGUGUCCAGGUUAUGCCGGCAGAGCCUGCUGGUGCAAUUGAGGAACAAACAGUAG